AUGGACACAGAACUCUUUCCUGUGCAGCUCCUGCCUCAGCUGCAGCCGCACCUCAGCUCCCGGUCGGCCACCAUGGGCCCCAGAGCACUCUGCUUCUUGACCUCUUGUCUGCUCAUCGGUGUCAUUUCAGCUGAAAUCCAAGAGUGUGAUAGAAAGCUGAACGCUCAGAAGAAGAGGGGUCUCAAGCCAGCCUGUCCUGGUGAGGUGAAAGCCUCCGGAACUUCAGGCCUGAGAAAGCCCAAACUGGACAGGAGCCAGAAGCCCCUACAGAUGAAGAGCCCUGUGCAUGCUGCAGCCUCUGGAACCCCAAGUCCCUCACCCGCUUCCAUCCUGACCCAGGUGCUGGGGAGGGGCAGAUUUCAGAAAGUGGGGGACUCUCUGAGCCUACGGGCUGGGGAACCCCUGGAGCUGCGCUGCCAAGGGAAGAUGGUCCGCUGGAGGGUACCUGUGUACUUGGAGGAGGAGGGUGAGGGACGGCUGAGAAUCAAGCACUUCAGGCAGCACAGCCAGCUGCUGCUGGUGAACUCAACGAGCGCAGACACUGGGGAGUUCAGCUGCUGGGCUCGGCACUGCCAGGACAGGGUGUGGGAGCACGAGGACGACUGCGAGGACCGCCAAGGAGAGGCCUUUGUCUUCUUCACAGACCCAGAGGAGCUAUUUGUCCCCACGGAGGAUUACUAUGAGGUGGUGCAGCUCCGCACCCACCAGCCAGCCCUGCUUCCCUGCCAGGUGACCAGCCCCCUGGCCCAGGUGACACUGCACCGGGAGUUCCCUCCUGAGGAGAUCCCUGUGGAUGGGAUAGAGAUCUCCUUUGACGUGAAGAAGGGCUUCACCAUCCACCGGCCCCACGCGUCCUUGGCUGGCUCCCUCUUCUGCAUGGCCAGCCUGGGCCACAUAAGACAAAUUUCUACUAAAUACAUGCUGAUCUACAUCAACUACCCAUCUUCACCUCCCAAACCCACCAUCCAAGCUUCAGCAACAUCUGUCCAACUGGGGGACAACUUCAUUGUGACCUGCACAGUUCUGGGCGAGCCAGAGAUUGCUGUGGACUUUAGUUGGGAAUAUCCAGGGCAGAAGCUGGGACGACCGCCCUACGUCAGCGAGCGGGCACAUGUGGUGCACAAGGAAGGCCAGGUACAGCAGGAGGCGGCGAGCACCCUCCAUGUGGAGGAGGCCCGGGCCGGGGAUGCUGGUUUCUACACCUGCAGGGCCACCAACCUCCAGGGCAUGGGGACGGCUACCACCCGUAUCCGUGUGAUCCGAAACCCUCCUGUUACUCCUGCUCGGCCUUCCUCCAUGGAAGGGUGCGGAGAGGCUGCACUGGCCUCUCAGGAAAGUCCUCGAGAGGGAGCUGUGACACAGGCGUCACAGCAGGCCUAA